UCGCACGGAAGGGGAGGGGCCUGUGGCUGCAGCCAGCGGCUCCAGGAGGCUCCUAAUAACAACAUUGCCAGAUUAGCUGCAACUUCUCUCUACGAGCCUUAACUCUUAUUCGAUCUAAUAACGUCUCCGAGCUUUCCUUUAUAUAUAGAUAAAUAGAUAACAUAGGAAGAGCAGCUCGGUCUUUUUCUAAAGGAAAGAGCUGGAAGGAGCGGGAGGGGGGUGGUAGAUUCGGCAAGCUUUUAAUAUGCAAUAACGACGGGGCUCCCUUCCUCGGCAUGCAGAUCACACCCCAUAAAAAAUUCAAAUAGAAAGAUCGUGGGGAUUAACCACUCCCCACAAACCCCCCCCCCCAGUGAAAGAAAUCCGUAGAUGCUGUGAUCACCAACAUACGCUUGUGUGGGUAGGUCUGUUCUGUUUGCAGGCUACACAAACGCGCGACGUUUGUGUUCCCUCGGCACCAGCAACUUGGCAGGGCAGGCUGGGCUGAAACAGGAAGAACUUUGUCCCUGUGAUAUUGUUGUUGGGUUUCUUUUUUCUUUUCUUUUUUUAAAAAAAAUACUAGUGACGGUAGCACAGUAUCAGCUGCAGGAGAUUUUUUGCUGCGGCUGCUGCUCUGAGCUUCCUGUAUUGUGGAGGGGCUGGAAAGGGAGGUCUCGAGGCAGGCUGCAGCUUGCUGCAUUAGACUUUAUUUACAUACACAAACCGGUCUGUGCAGAAUCUGUCUCCUGCAGCCUGUGCUGAGGUUUGCAUGCCUGUGGAAGAACCCUCCUAGCCGAGGAAGAAAGAGCGCCCAGGGGGUGCGGAGAAAGCCGAGCAAAGGGCGGUAAGCACGGAGCGAGAUGCGGGAUCAGGCAUGAGUUUCCACGCCCAGAGCAGCGCCUUGCUGAGGUCUUGGGGAGCUCAGCUGUGCAGGCUGCAGCGGCGUCCUUGGACGAGCCCCCUCCGGUCUUGCUUGGGUGGUGCUCGGCCCCGGCCCAUCGUGGACAUGUCCUACUCCCGCCACUUUCUGGAUUUCCACGGCUCGUCCAUCCCCACCACCAUGAAGAAGCUGGUGGUGACGAAGCUGAGCUCAAACUUCCGAGAGGCUGUGAGCCUACGACACGAUGCGCCUGUGCCACUCCCGGGAGACGGCGAUCUGCUUGUCAGAAACAGGUGAGAUUUUGCUUCUCCCUCCCCCGCGUCAUUUUCUCUCUCCCUUUUCGCCAACUCUUCUUUGCAUCUUCUCCGUGGGUGUUUUUUUGGGGUGGGGUAUGCGAUCCCCCUUCCCUGCCCUACUGCUUAUCCUAACUUCUCACACCCUUUUGGCCUCCCCUCUCGUGUGCACGCAGUCAUUCACUCGAUGUGAUCCUAUCAAAUCGUACCAGCUGCCAUCUGGCGACUGCUGAUUUAAUUUUAUUGUUGUGAAUGGCUUACGCCAUAAUCCCGCGCGCGCACACACACCUCUGUGCAAAUGAUGAAACGUUUCCAUUUGCUGAGAGGUAAAAUGUGUAUAUUGCUUCGCUCUCCCCCUCCCUCUGCUCUCUUUUUUUUAAUGAUGUGUUAAACUGAAAGGAAUCACGGGGAAGAGGGACAGCAGGUAUUAAGAAUGAUACAAGCCUGAAGAAGGGUGAUAGUUUCCCAUCAAAUCCACACCUUACGUUUAAAGCACAUUCAAUGCACAUGGUUUCCCCCAGAGAACCCUGAAAACUAUAGUUUUGUAAAGAGGCUGGGAACUGUACCUCUGUUAGAGGAAAACUACAGUUCCCGGGAUUCUUGGGGGGGACGGGACGCCGUGUCUGUGGAACGUGCUUUAAAUGUAUCGUGUGCAUCUGCAGAUCUGAAAGUUGUAUGCGACGGGAGAGUUCAGGAAGGGAGUUCAGCAACCAGGAAAUGAUUUCCAAGUCCCGCCCAGAUUUCUGCCUGCAAAUGUUUGUUCCAUGUUCCUACAACUGUCAGUGUGUGUGUGUUCGUGUGUUCUCAUGAGCGAGCGCCCCUGACUUGUUCUCUGUGGAUCUGCGAGGGCUGUUUUAUACAGUAAAACUGACUGAGCUGCGUAGAUCUCUGUGUGUGAUUAAUACACAGCAAUUGGGACGUUGUAUAUAGGUUAUUUAUAGUCUUCUGGGGGGGGGGUGCGCGCGCAUGUAACACACUCCAGACGUUGUUUAGAGCAAGUUAUGUGUGCAACUCUGCCUGUUUCUCCACCCCUCCCCCACCUCGGUCCUCCACGUCACUAAUCUUAAGCAAGCCAGAAAUCAACAGGAAAGCAGAGGGCCACAAAUGACUGCCACCCACCUCUCCCCGUCACUCUUGAGUGUCUUAACUCCCUGGCCCUCUUCCUCCUCCUACGACUAAAGCAAAGCAGAAGGCACAGACCGGAGGGGGGGAAAUGGGGAUAAGCAGCUCCCCUCCCUGACCUCACCAUGUUUACUUGGAAGUAAACCCCAUUCAUUUCAGUGACCUUUACUUCCAAGUAAGUCUGAUCAGGAUUGUAGCCCUCGACAAGGUGUAGCACUAUUUUCAGACGAUUCCUUUGCCUGAUUUGAGCUGCUUUUGCAAUGCAUCCAGGUCAUGGAUGAAGUAAAGACGUCACAUUUUGCUUAAAGCAAUAUGCUGUAAAUUGUGGGCUAGUUAGUAGCUAACUAGGACUUGAGUUCUCAUUUUCUUCCUUGAGCUUUCCACUCUAUAUACCUGAAAAUUUGUAGAACAAAACCUCUACUUCAACAAUCUUAGCAAUAUUUUUUAUUAUUAUUUAUUAUUAUAAUACUCCUACUGCUGCUGCCGCCUUUCUAGAUGAUAGAAUAUCUUAAAAUCAAAGUGGAGACUUUAAAAGUGGAAAGCUUAAAAAUCCAUGGGAGAAUGUGGAAUUCUAAAAGUGUGAUUGUGAGUUUGGUGACUAUGUGUUGGAGGAGGUUCAGGUAGACCUUAGAUUCGUCCCUAACAAUCCAUUUUUUAAUAUUUAGAAGUGAUUACUUGGUUGCUAAUCUAGCAUAAAUUGCAUUUCAGUAAAUGUAGCCCUAUUGGAGCCAAUAGGGCUAAAAUAGAUUAAGCACAAAUACACAGAAUUAUAUGAUUUGUGGAUUACACACACACAGUACGCACAGUCUUCAGUAUGAAAGACAGCAUAUAUCAUACCUGUAUCUGAACCCUAGCAAAAUGUUCGUGUUUUAUGUAAUGUACAACACCCACAAUACAGGGAGAGAUGCCCUCCCUGGUGUCAAAGGUUUGAAUUGCUGCUGUCAUCAGGACAUAGUAUUUUGGAGAGCAAAAAUAUGUGAAGCCUUAAUAAAAAUCUCACUCAUGCUGCAGUUAAAUUCCUUUGGUUGGGGGAUAUAGGAGGGGGGGGAUCGGCUGGUUUAAAAUGCUGCGUGAAGAUAAAAUAUAUCCUGGCCUCCCUGCUGCCUAUCGGAAGAUUGCUGCGUCCUUGUUCUCGAAUCUCCUCCCCCGCAACACUUUCUCCCUCCCCCAUGAAAUUUGAAAAUUUAUGCAUGCAAUUUAUUUUGUUUUCAAUGUAACUCUUUCCCCUCCUGCCCUUGAUACUGGGUGGGCUCUCUGGGGACUGGAAAGAUGUGCUCGUGCGUUCUCCGAAGUGGAGGCAAGGGGGGCUAGAGCAGCAUUCACCCGGGGACUCAGGCAAAGAGAGUCCAAGGAUCGUAACUCGUUUUUUAAAAAAACACUUUCUCUUUUUUUAGUUUGCAAAAGGUGCGUGUGAGAAAUCACAGGAUUGGAGUUCGCAACUUUUGUGUCAUGUGGAUUUGCGUGAGAUGUUCAGUUUUGUUGCUGGAGCUUCUCACCCAAGGCAGGAGAGUGCAAAAUUAGUGCGGAAUAAAGCGUGUUAAGAAUAAAGCUUUCUACCUAACGCCUGUGCCUACCUUGAAAGCGUACACGGGACUCUCUCUCUUUCCACGCCCAAUACCUUGUACACACUCGGGGGGGGGGGGGGAGCGUAGUCUAGCUUUGAAAAUACUGUACACUUUAUCUCAAACUGAAACAGAAAAGAAAAUCAGCUGCUGCGGUGGCUGGAGAAUAAGCAUAUUAGUCCCAUAACUCCUAUGAAAAGACCAAAUGGUAUAAUGCAAAAUAGUACCCCAUUCUCCCAAGUAAAACAGACACACGCACAUGUUGCCUUGGCGAAAUUUAAGUUCGUUUAACUUUUUUCCUUCUUUUUUUAGGACAAGAUUUUGUUUAAGUAUCCCUCCCCCUCCCUCCCCCUCUCUCUGGAAAACAGCUCCCUCGCCUUUAUUCUGAUAAUUUCCUGAACACCAAAAAUAAAAUUAAAAAUCCACUCCAGCCUCUUAUUCCGAGAGAAAUGCCCUCAAACUGGGAAUCGAUUUGAAACAUUAAACUUCUGAUCAUUUUGUGGGAGCUGUGAUUGGCCGGUAAAAGAGGAUUGAGGACCAGGAGUAAUAAACAAAUAAAUAAAUUAAGGGGGGGGGAAUGUCUUUUAAGCCAUUCAUAUAUCUCCGUACCUUUGUCUGAGCUCCAUCCCACCCCGAAAGACAUUUUCUGGGUUUCUUAGCUAAUACGUGACCAAGGAAGUGAGGGUGUAAGUGCGUGUUUGUAUGUGUUUCUUUAAAAUAAAAAGUGGCGGGUCUCAUAGUGGGGGUUCUGUUUUCUUUUGAGAGGGAAUAUCAUACAAAAAAUUGGGUAGCAAAAGUAGGAAGCAAGACAUGGGUUCGGGGAGGGAGUUUGGAGAUAGGGGAAAAAAUAGGAAUGUGGGGCAAAGUGUUCUCAGCGAUUGCGCUUAUUUGGUCUGGGAGCUUUCCCCCCUUUUCCUGGCGUGCUCCUGGGUUGGGUGACUUUGUUGUGUCUGCCUGCUCAAGGUCGUCGCCCUACCCCCUCGCUCUCCUGACUUCUGCAAGUUGUUUUUGAGUAAACGAAGCCGCUUUCUAACCCCACUUUGAAGACGCUUCGCCCCCUCCCCUUUUUCUCCCUUCAAAUCGAAUGUGUUAGUAUAAAUAAAGCCGGGGCGAGUCAGCCUGCAAUUAUUAUUGUGGAGUGGGGGACUGGGGUGGGGACGGCUCGGAUCCGUAUUAGUAUUAGUAAUUGUAUCGCUGCUCUCAUUUUGGAUAUUUGCGAAAGGCUUGGGUCGCUUCCUAGGGAAAUGCAAACCACAAAAUUGGGAGGAGGGUAGCGAAGGCCCCCCGAUGAAGGUCACGUACUUAACCGAGAGAACAAUGACUGCGGGUUGCCAACUCUCCUCCUCCACGCAAGUUUGCAAGCUGAUCUUGAACUUGCAUCUUCCCUUGGAAGCCACCGACACGCAGGCUGCAGACCUUCCUAGUAAGCCCAAGGGAGACUUGACAGCACAGUCCUCCCCAUCUCUUCCCAGAAUCUCCACUGAGUCUAAUGGGAUUUACUGCCAGUGCGUGUAUUUCCCGCGAGUAAGCAGGUAGAGGAUCGGGUCUGUACAAAUCGCCAAAUAACCCUGCACCGCUCCCCCCUUCCUUAGUGCAACUUUGUCCUGGGAAUGGCAAGGGAGGCCGUUGAUUUCUCCUUGAGAAUACCUCAUCAGAGCUACUUAAAAAAUUACAACAUAGAGCAAAAUCACAAUAAUUCCCCUUAUUAUCCACACCACUGCUGAACUAGGAACGUAGUCCGUCCCCCCCGGGGCUGGGAUCCAGAGUUGUAUUUUAAUACAGGAGGGGGGUAGCCGAACUUGGAGGUGGUAUUGAUUAAUAACGAAAAUGAACAGUGUUCCCACUACUUCGGAAAGAAAGAUCUGGACAGGGCAGGCCCCUUUUUCGAGCAGAGGCUGGGAAAAGAUAGGGCUUGUUUUCUAAACGCAGCCCUUAUCUUCGAGUUCGAUGGAGGAAUGGUGGGAGAGAGGUUUCUGAUGCAUCUCGCGGAGAGGGGCGCAACUCUGUUUUGGAAGAAAUGAUUUUUUUAAAAAGUACGUUGUUUUCGCCCCCUUCCCUUUGCACAGCCUGCCCGGAGACUUUCUGCCUGCGCUUCCCAGCUGAGCCACGGAAGAGACGCGAGCAGCGCCAGGAGGAGGCUCGCCUCGCGAGGGGAGGGCGAACUGCAAGUGGCCAUGUGCUGGCAGAGAGGGCAAAGCGGGAGGCGGAGGGGCCUGGGAGGGAGGGGACCUCCCGCCGACCUCCCCUGAGCCGACCCCAGGAGGACCCAGCCGGGCUCCGCGCUCCCGCUCAGCUGGGGGCCAAGGCUGGCAUGCUCCCUUCUCGCUGGGGUGCCCCAUAGAUAGGCAACGUGGAGCUGAGCCUCUCCCUUCUUGCACACGCACCCAUUUGCAAGCAGGUGCUCAGUUGCAAUGCAUUUGUGAGGGAAAGAUCACAGAGGUGAACGGGGGGGGGCGUGUUUCACCUGUUAUUGUUAACAAGGUGCGACUGAGUUUUCCAGCCCCUUCGGCUACUUGCAGGUUGUUGUUUUUUUAAGCCACCCUGUUCCUUAUAGCCGCAUGUCUUCAUCUGCCCGCCCUUGCCAGCGAUGUUUUAGUAUAGGGGUAAUACGACUUUUUGCAGCGAGGGGAAAGCUCCUGUCUCCAGGCACGCUGCUUGGCUAAGCCGAAGUUGAGCAUUUCUGCUGGCUCAGCCCUGUCCUGUACCAUUUGGCAUGGGUGUGUGAAACUGGCAAGUCCCGUUUGCUUUGCAACGAGUCUGGGUUGUUGCAAGUAAAGUGCAGCCUAAAUCGGACCACAAAGCCCCGACUUUGCUCUGGAGUCACUUUUCUUGCACCGCUUGCGUGUGCUGUUGGAGCAAGCGCAAGCAAUUGCAGCGCCCGGGACAGGGAAGGGAAGGGGCGCAACAAUUAGGAUUGCCGAAGGAAGGCUGCAGACAAGCCCCCCUCGCAUGCUGCCUGUGUGACUUCGGGCGCUGGGGGGCGGUGAGGGGCAAGUUCUCCGUGCCGCCCAAGAGACACUGUGCGGGGAUGAAUGAAUGAGGCCGAUUGCGCGCCCAGCGGACUCUCUGGCUUAGCAGCCUCUCUGCGAGAAGUAGUUGCGUGGGGUGUAAUGCAAAAAGCAGGGAGUUGUCGUGUUGUGUCGGAGCCCUUCCGACCUUGCGCCUUGGCUCUCUGAUCUUUCCUUUCUCACGUCCUCAAGGCAACCUCAGCCCCUUUACCUUGGAAUCUGCCCUCCUCUCUUACGCUCCCCUUUCAGAAUGGGAAAUAGGAGUUAUGUAAAUUUUAACUGGAUGGGAAGGCCUUUGUUUUCUAAAAAAGAGGUAAAAAAAAUGUGUUCCUUGCUACAGAGGCAGACUGGAUUAAAUGAAGAAUUAGGGAGACAUACAGAAGACACAGCUCCCUCUGUGAAUGCACAUCUAUUUCUGUAUCUAGCUAUCUGUAUUGAACUCUGUACAUUUUAAUAAAGGAAAGAGAUUUUUCUUAGAGUUAGAAAUGGCCAGUGCACUUCCUUCAGUUUUGUUGUUUCGCUGUGUGCCAGCUAUUUCAAAUUACCAUAAAUCCACAAACAGCUCUCUAGUUGCAUUAAAAUCAAUUUUUCACAUAUUUUCACACUUCCACAUAAUUAAAUGCCAUAAUUUGUUUAUUUUUGGUUAUAGAAGAGAGAGAAACAGUCACAUUGCUGUUUAUGACAGAAUCAUAUUUUUGUUUUCAGGUUUCUGUGGGAAAAUUGGCUGCAAACUCUGUGUGCGUACAGAUAACUUGUAUUUCAGCAUCAUAAGCCACUUCACCACCCAUCAUUAAAUUACUUGUGCCUUUUUAAUACUUAUGUUCAUUUUUACUCGUUAGAGGUCAAUAGUGCUCAAAAGUAUUGUUGCAUAAUUUUAGUCCUUCAAGGUUGUUUUAAGGUGUUGUGAGUAAUUUGUAUACAGCAAAAUAUUUUAAUAAUGUGCAAAUUAGUUGCAUCAAAAGGCAAAUUUGUUACAGACACUCAAUCCAUUUUCUUUAAAUUUGCCUGCAGUAACACUUAUGACCAUCGACCUUGGAGAGGACAUUGAUACUUCAUGUUAUCAUUAGUCACUUAAAUGUGUUGUUAUAAUCUGAAAUGUAAAUUUAUUGCCAGAGUCAACAUAUUUACUACUUUGCUCAUAUUUUAGUCUCUCGUAUUUUUUUUAAUAGAAAAAAGCAGUUUUAUUCCCUAGCUUAUCAAAACUCAUUUCUAUUGUUCUUAUUUUCAUGAAGCAGGCAAGGGGAAAAUGCUUUGCAUGUACAAAAUAUGUCAAAUUGUGUUAUCGGUAAAGCUAAAACCAGAUUAAAACAACCUUUCCAUUUUCAUUUUGCAUAGAAGGCGUUCCCCCACCCCACCCCCAACUCUUGAGAUAUUUGAAUAUGCAGCAUUGAAAUUUCUUACCUUGUGCAUUUAAGCGAAAGGUUUUUCUUACAACGAAAAAAAUGCCUUGUCAAAAAAAAGAGCCUAAUACAUUUUUGUUUGCUUCUAGAUUUGUCGGCAUUAAUGCAUCCGAUAUUAACUACUCAGCUGGCCGAUAUGACACGUCAGUUAAGCCCCCAUUUGAUGUAGGUUUUGAAGGAAUUGGUGAAGUGGUAGCCUUGGGCCUAAGUGCCAGCGCUAGAUACACAGUGGGCCAACCAGUGGCCUACAUGAGGCCUGGUGCUUUUGCUGAAUAUACCAUUCUUCCUGCCAAAGAAGCCAUCCCAGUACCCUCUGUGAAACCCGAAUUUCUUACACUACUGGUAAGUGGAACUACAGCAUAUAUCAGCCUGAAGGAGCUUGGAGAACUGUCUGACGGGAAGACGGUUCUGGUGACAGCCGCAGCAGGAGGAACCGGUCAGUUUGCCGUGCAACUUUCCAAGAAGGCAAAAUGCCACGUAAUAGGAACAUGCUCCAGUGAUGAAAAAUCUGGCUUUCUGAAAUCCAUAGGCUGUGACCACCCUAUCAACUACAAAACUGAAAACCUUGCUGCUGUCCUUAAGAAGGACUACCCGAAAGGUGUGGAUGUGGUGUAUGAAUCUGUCGGCGGGCAGAUGUUUGACUUGGCUGUCAGCUCCUUGGCUACCAAAGGGCGCCUGAUCAUUAUUGGGUUUAUCUCUGGCUACCAAACCCGUACUGGCCUUCAGCCUGGUCAUGUGGAAAUGUUGCCAGCAAAGCUGCUAAGGAAAUCUGCCAGCAUCCGGGGCUUCUUCUUAAACCAUUACCUUUCUGAAUACCAAACGGCUAUGAAACACUUGAUCGAAAUGUGUGAAAACAGAGAACUGGUUUGUGAGGUGGACCUUGGAGACAUGUCUCCAGAGGGCAAAUUCGCUGGCUUAGAGUCCGUAUUCCGCGCUAUAGAUUAUAUGUACAUGGGGAAAAACAUUGGAAAAAUUGUAGUUGAAUUACCUCACUCUGUCAACAGUAAGCUGUAAAAACAGAACAAUGAUAUAAAUCAAAAGAGGGAAAAUGGGCACUUUAUGCUUCACAAUAACUAUUUCUUUAAAGUUGCCAAUGGGUAACAUAUUAAAAAAUAGCAUGUAGGCUUUCGUUAAAAAAUAUUUUUUGAAUUUAAGUGGCUUUGUGUUCUUUAAAAAUGCCAUGUGUCGUUGGCAUUGCAUUAAACAGUUCUGCAUUUUUGUCUGGGAGUUUUGAGUGAACUUGUGAUUAAACUUGCAUUGGAUUUGAAUCUGGCCAACUAUGAAAUCUUCACCUACAGCUUUCCUCCAGAAUUGAGUAAAUAAAGGCAUAUUAAUAUUUUAAGUGAAAUCAAUAAUAUUAUCGAUUCUUCCUAUAAAAAAGGAUGGGUGCAGUUCACCUGGACAUUCUGCUUGAGCAAUGGGAGUCAAGCAAGAGUGCUUUUCAGUAGCACAGGGCAGCAUCUUAGCGGGUUGCACUUGAUAUUAUUUAAAAAUGAGAAAUUAUCUUUUUUCAGUUGUGUUGGUUGCAAAUACAAUAAUAAAAUGCAGAUUUAUGUAACUCAAGAGAUAUAUUUUACUAGUUACAAAAGUGCCAGCUUUUGUUUUUAAAUGAAAGUUUGUUUUAAUUUUAUAUAAGGUUUUAUAGUUAUAUUUUGAAAUCUUCAUGUUGUAAUACCACUUUCUAACUAUUCUUUUGCCUAUAUUAACCCAUUAAUUGGGUUAACUUUCGUAUAAUGCUACAUUCUACUAAUAUUAAGGCAAUCUUAAGAACAGCGUUAACGAAGCCCCUCACCUUACAAGGAAAUGGUGGUGACUAGAUCACUUGCUUAUAAUGGCACCAGAGGACUGUGCUGAACUAUGCAAUAAGGUGAAGCCUUUGUAAUAAUUUAUAUUUCAACCUUUGUAAGAAUUUAUGUUGUUUUAAAGCAUUAAAAUCAUUUUGACUAUUAUUAUUUUUAC